UGCCGUGCCCGUCAAUACUUCAAUUUGUUAUAACAAGCUCGAAUUCGGAUUUGCAAAGCAGGGAGCACCAUUUUCAGCUGCUCAUUGGAAUCCUAUCUACAAUGGCCCCUUCUUCUGAUUGCACAAAUCCAUCCGGCGAGCACAGGCAGAAGCAUCAUGUGGUCAUGUUUCCAUUCAUGGCGCAGGGCCACAUCAUUCCCUUCUUCCAGCUUUCCAAACUCGCCGCUCGAACCGGAUUCACCAUCACCAUCGUUAGCACUCCUCUCAACGUUCAGGCCUUAACACCCACAAUCCAAUCUGCUCGCCAAAAAGACUCCUCCCUCGACAUACGCUUAGCGGAGCUCCCUUUCUCCAGCGCCCAUCAUGGCUUACCGCCGCGUUCAGAGAAAACUGACUCGCUGCCUUAUUCACAGGUCCUUACUCUCAUGGAAGCCGCAGAGUAUUUGCAGCCGCAUUUCGAGAAUCUUAUCCGCAGGAUCUGCGCAGAAGAUGGCUGCACUCCGCUCUGCAUCAUCAGCGACAUGUUCCUGGGUUGGACCCAAGACGUCGCCGACAUGUUUGGAAUACCCAGAAUCUUUUUCCUCACCUGUGGCGUUUAUGGCACCUUGCUUUAUUACUCUAUGUGGAAUCAUUUGCCCCAUACCAAGACUGACUCAGAAGAGUUUACUCUCCCGGAUUUGCCUCACGUUUCUUUGCAUCGAUCUCAGCUUCCCACUAACAUAAAAAUGGCAACAGGAACGGAUUCCUGGAGCUUGUUUCAGGCUCGCCAUAUAUCCCGCAAUGUGCGCAGCUGGGGAUUUAUAUGCAAUUCCUUCGAACAGCUCGAGCACCGCUAUUUGGAGCACCUCAGAAAAUCCACCGGCAGGCCCGUGUGGGCGGUUGGUCCUGUCCUUCCGCCAGAAUUUCUUUCUUCCAGUCAAUCUCACGCUGUUCGUGAUCAGUUAUUACAAGGUAAGGAAGCAAACGGAACCAGCGAUGCCAUUUCCUGCUUGCAGUGGCUCGAUUCUCAGAAAGUUUCGAGUGUGCUCUACGUUUCUUUCGGCUCGCAGAACACGAUCUCUGCGUCGAAUAUGAAGGAGUUGGCACUGGGUUUGGAAUCAAGCGGGCAGCCUUUCAUAUGGGUAGUGAGGCCGCCGCUUGGCGUACCUUCAACUGCGGAGUUUUCGUCAGAUUUUCUUCCUGAUGGGUUUGAAGAGCGAAUGAAGACCAAAAAUCAGGGAUUGGUUAUGAAGAAAUGGGCGCCCCAGCGUGAGAUUCUGUCCCAUCCUUCGAGCGGAGGAUUUUUGAGCCACUGUGGAUGGAAUUCGACGCUGGAGGGUCUGAGCCAGGGCGUUCCCAUCAUUGGAUGGCCCAUCGCAGGAGAGCAGUACUUCAAUUCGAAGCUUCUAGAGGAGGUCGGCGUUUGUGUGGAGAUUUGCAGAGGAAGCGAGGGAGAAUUGAACAAGGAGAAGGUGGAGAGGACGGUGAAGGUGUUGAUGUCGGAAAAGAAAGGCGGCGGGAUGAGAGAAAGAGCUGCGGCCAUGAGAGACGCUGCCAGAAAAGCGGUAAGAGACAGUGAAGAUGGAACCGAGAAAGGCUCGUCCAUGCGUGACGUUGACGACAUGAUACAAGAUAUUCUUGCCACUUCUCGCUUGUGUCAAUCUCUGUAAACCACGAUAAGCAUUCAAGCUAAGUUUCAUGUUUAGACAAUUGGUCCCGGACUUCGAUCAGCUCACCAUUUCAAAUCAAAUGAUGCCAAUGUUGACUGCGAUCUAUUUGCAAUUAAUUAAUUAAAGUGCAUAUAUAUUUAAGCCGAUAGGCUUUCAGUGGGGGCAUUUAUGCCCGGAAAAUUGUUAGUGCGUCGGUAAAUUGUUAUUCCGAUCGUCGGAUCGGGAGAAACGGGUGACCAUUUUCCGUGGUCUGGCAAGCUUAAUUGUAAGUGGUACGUUAACUUCAUGUGAAAUUUAUUAGGAAGUAAGUAUAUUGUACCAUGGGAGCUCGAAAAAACUGGAUGCUAUUUUCAAUAAAAUGGCUUGGGAAAGGUGAAUCUACAAAGAAUUAAAAACCCUGUUA